AUGACAAAACAACAAUUGGAUGAUGAAACAACACAAAAUAUAUCCAUUUUACCAUCAUCUAGUAAAAGCAAUAAAUUAAAAUCAUCAAAAAUGUCACGUAAAUCAUCACGUUUAUCACAUUUAUUAUCAAAAAUUUCUCGAAAAGAUAAGAAAACAUCAAAUAAUUACUACAUUCCUGCCGAACCACCGUUCACAUCAACUCCAGAUAUGUCGGAAGAAGAGGAUGCUGCUGUUGAAGUAUCGUAUGUUGAAACGGAAAGUGAAAAUAACGGUGAUUCCGAAAAUACCAUCCCGAUUACUGAUUCUACUAAUGCUAAAGCUACACCAAGUAGGAUGAUUUAUGUUGAUAGUGCUAUUUUGGACGAUUCAACCACAACAACAACAACAACAACAGCAACAACAGCAUCAGCAGACUAUAGUAGUAGUUUAACAUCCCGGAAUAUGAACACUGAGGAACAAAUGAUAAGGACGGAUAUUAUCACUUGCAUAUCAUCAGAUCAACAAGUUGUACAACCAAUAACAGAAAUAAUCACAGCAAAUGAUGCUCGUGCAAAUUCCGAGAGUUAUUUGAGGAAAAUAUGGUAUAUUGCUAUUAUUACAAUACAAUUAUUCGUGGUAAUUUUCAUACUCUUUUGGAGUUUAAUUGCGCUUAAAAUUCUUUAUGAUGAUUUCAAUCGUAUUCAAUCAAAACCAUCAAUGCUAUGUGAUGUUAUUAAAAUGAUCAAUGAAUGGUUAUCAUUUGAUUUAACACAAACAAUUCGAUGUAAUGAUAAUUACAACAAUUUCUUCCAACGAUUAUAUCAUGAAGCAGAAAUGGUCGUUACAUUAUUGAAAGGACAAUUGCGCUUCAAUUUAUCAUCAUUAACAAUGGGAGCAUUUAUUCAAUCACAAGAAAUGAUACAAAAUAUGAAGGAAAUUAUUUGGACAAAUUAUCUACAAGCAUAUUAUGAUAUAAUUUUGAUAAAUAUCAAUGAUGCAUUGAUAUUUAUGUUGAAAUUUUAUGAAAAUAUUUUAGAUUAUUUAGGCUUAAAAGUUAAUAAUGAAUAA